AUGCAGCGACCGCAGAAGUUCGAUCCCGAGUGGAUCGACUUCUUUACAAGCCCCUGUCCUUACUUUGUCAAGCAAUUGACGACUUUCCCUCAAUUCUCGCGCUUCCCCCGAGAAAUUCAGCACAUGAUCUGGGAGCGCGCCAUUCCCGAUCGCCGAGUGGUUCAGUUCACGGCUCCAGACGCAAUUCAGAGAUCCUUGACAACUCCAACAGGCUCCUUUGUCCUUCGCAUCCGCUACAUCAAUCCCUCUAUUCUUCUAGCUUGCUCCGAUUCCCGAGCUGCUGGGUUGAAGAUGUACGAACAGGCCUUUGCCCCAUACGUUCGAAGACCAAUUUACUUCAACUUUGAACGUGACUACCUUGAGCUCGACACCCGCACCAUUGAAUACUUCGCAGAGCUCUCCGAGGAUAAUAUUGUUGAACUUGAGCAGCCUCCAAGAGUCAAGAAUCUGGCGGUUGCAACCAGACGCGCUCUGCGGGGCGAGGACCUGGUUUUCUACUGCCAGUUCUUUAGUGGUUUAGAGCGGCUGCUUGUCAAAGAACCAGAUACCCCAGAUACCCCAAAUACCCCGUCCAUUGCUCGGCCACAGCUUCCCCACACUUUCCAAACUGAUCAGCCUUCUUUCCGUCACAACUGGGAGAAUCUGCGUGCCCCAAUCAUGAAGAGAGUUCCGUUUGUUCGACCCGCACUGGAAAAGUGGGAGCCCCCUCUACUGAUUCUAGGAACUGACAGUCAAUGGAGCAAGCAUGCUAAGGGAGAGGCGCAACCUGAGGCAGAGUGGGGAGGUCUAGAUCCGAGCAGUCCAACCCCAAUGGAAUGGGAGCCGACUGCUUUUAUCCCAAGCUUGGAGUACGUCCCGAGAUCAGAGACUGUUGGCCCACGUGGUGCGGUUGUUGAAUACGUGAGGGAGAGGUUCGAUGACUCUAUCGCAGAGACGGAGCAGGAGGAGCACGAGAGCAUCAAAUCUUCCCUAUUCUACAGCCCCCGCCGUAUAAUUCCACGGAUGCGGCAUUGA